AUGGCGGUUGAGGGUUGGCCCAAGGUGUUUGACCUCAUCAACGACAUCUCCGGUGCGUUGGUCCAGGAACAAUGGGACAACGAGCUCCUCUGCAUUGCCGCUGGUUUCGGUUGCAUUCCCAUCAUGCAACGACUACUCGACACAGCCGUCGCUAACCCCGCCCUGAAGCGCGAACUCCUCCUCCGCGACACCCUCCCUGCUCCGGUCCCAAUGAGCACCAGUGGGUCGGCGAGGCCGCCGCCCUCAACCACCCAGACAGCGAAGGGAAACACCGUUUUCCAAAAGGCGGCUGCUGAUCCAGCGUUUCGAAGGUGUGCGCUUGUCCGGCAGUCAGACGAAACCCCGCUGGGCCAUUUCAUCUUUGCUUCUUCCACGAAUCCCGAUGGUCUCCUAAAUCGUCGCCCGUGAGAUGUUGACUGUGGACUUCUCCCAGAAAUUCAGAAGGUAUUCCUCCGGGUAAAUCAAGGACCCAUUAUCAGAAUCUUUGGGGGUCGUGUAUAUCUUCCGUCG